GCUUCCUAUCUCUAUACUUAUAUAUAUAUAUUAACACAAUAUUUCCUCUCUAUCUUAAUUCGAUGGCCAUAUGAUCGUUAUUACUAAUUAAUGUCCAUGGCCACGAGUAGAGUAUCCCACGUCAUAGGGAUUCUUAUAUGCAUCACUCUUCUUCUCCUGUUCGUCUCCGAAGGUUUGUUUGGUAGUUUCAGCUCCAUGUCCAUCAAGCCUUUCCCUUCUCCGGUUAUUAGCUCGCUGCGACCAGGAAGAAGAGCUUUUGUGGUAAGUAAGUUUGACUUCACACCGUUCAAGAAAGACCUUCGCCGGAAAAAUCCUCAAGAUGUUUCACAGCUGGGAGGAUCCGAGAUUGACCCGAGAUAUGGCGUUGAGAAAAGGCUCGUCCCAUCUGGUCCAAACCCCUUACACCACUGAUUGUCUCCUUAUAUAUAUUUCUGUAAAUUUUCUUUAUUAAUUUGUUUCUUUCGAAUUGAUACUAAAAAUUAAAAAGGAUAUACUACACUAAAUUUAAUUCAUAAAAAGCUGCUAAUAUUUCUUUUGUGGAUUAUGUGUUUUGGAUUAUUUAUUUUUCUUUGUCAUGUGAAUUUUUGGUUUUUACUUUCGGUGUAAAGAACACGAUAUUUAACUCAUCUUGUAUUACAUUUGAGAUUAGUUUAUAAAAUAAAACAUCUUACAUGUAUUUUAGAUCAAACGAGGCUGUACAAUACACUUUUUUGUAAAAUGAGAUGUCUAUAUAUUAUGUUUGCGGA